ACAUGAAGGGUCUUCUACUUCUUGUGGCUGUGGUCGCCGUCGCUUCUGAGGACGAGGUUGAUAGCAAGGGUCACCAGAAGAGGGGAAUCUACGACUUUGGCGGACAUGAUUUCAGCGGGGAUCAUCUCAGCGGGCAUUCUCAUCAUCACCACCACGAGGUGAAGACCAUCACAAUCCAGAAAGAAGUGAAAGUGCCGUACCCAGUCCAUGUGGAAAAGAAGGUGCCGUACCCAGUCAAGGUUCACGUCGAGAGGCCGGUCCCCGUCCACGUGCCGAAGCCUUACCCGGUGCACGUGACGAAGACAGUGCCUUACCCGGUCAAGCAGUACAUUCCUGCACCUUAUCCGGUAGAGAAGAAGAUCCCUUACCCUGUCAAGGUACAUGUACCCAGGCCAGUUCCCUACCACGUAUCCAAGCCUUACCCUGUCUACGUCGAGAAGAAGGUGCCUUACCCUGUAGAGAAGCACAUCCCUUACCCAGUCAAGGUGCAUGUUCCUCGACCUGUCCCCUACCACGUACCUGUGGUGAAGCACGUGCCUUACCCUGUGGAGAAGAAAGUUCCCUACCCUGUAAAGGUACCAGUUGAGAAGCCAGUGCCAUACCCAGUGGAGAAGCCUUACCCAGUUGUAGUGGAGAAGAAGGUUCCCUACCCAGUGGAGAAGGAGGUGCCUUACCCCGUAAAGGUGCCAAUUGAUAAGCCAUACCCUGUUCACGUACCCAAGCCGUACCCAGUCUACCCGUAUCCUGUCCACGUCCCCAAGCCUUAUCCCGUGGUGGUGGAGAAGAAAGUACCUUACACAGUGGAGAAGCACGUGCCAUACCCUGUCAAAGUACCUGUGGACAAACCUUACCCCGUCCACGUGCCUGUAGUUAAGCACGUGCCGUACACCGUAGAGAAAAAGGUGCCGUACAAGGUGGAAGUGCCUGUGGAGAAACCCGUGCCUGUGCCGGUGCCCAAGCCUUACCCUGUGUAUGUAGAGAAGAAGGUUCCUUAUACAGUAGAGAAGCCGGUGCCUUACCCCGUGAAGGUGCCAAUUGACAAGCCGUAUCCUGUCCAUGUACCCAAGCCGUACCCGGUCUAUGUCGAGAAGAAAGUGCCUUACACGGUGAAGGAAUACGUCCCACAGCCGUACACGGUGUACAAGAAGGAGCCGUUCACGGUCAAGGUGCCCGUGGACAAGCCGUAUCCUGUCCACGUCCCCAAGCCUUACCCUGUGUAUGUGGAGAAGAAAGUACCUUACACAGUGGAGAAGCACGUGCCAUACCCUGUCAAAGUACCUGUGGACAAACCUUACCCCGUCCACGUGCCUGUAGUCAAGCACGUGCCGUACACUGUAGAGAAGAAGGUGCCGUACAAGGUGGAAGUGCCUGUGGAGAAGCCCGUGCCAGUGCCUGUGCCCAAGCCCUACCCUGUGUAUGUGGAGAAGAAGGUACCUUAUACAGUAGAGAAGCCGGUACCUUACCAUGUCAAGGUGCCUGUACAUAUUCCUGUACAUCAUCACGAGCACUCUCACGACUUCAGUCAUGGUGACUUCCAUCAAAGCGACUUCGAGUCUCAAGGUCAUUAUGGCUACGGAAAUUUGGGUCAUUACUAA